UUUCCUUCGUUUCACCAUUUCUUGAAUUCUAAUUUCUUUUGUGCCAUUCAAUAAUUUUGGGCUGAAGUUAGGAAGAAAAUUACAAAAAAGGUAAUUCAUUCUGGAAGAUGUCCAGAAUUCGAUCAAAGUAAUGUUUACCGUCGAAAAUAGCCAAAAAUCAGCCUUGACCCCGUUCUGUCUUCGAUCCUCUACACCGCAUCUCAGUUUGUUGUGUAUAUACAAUCAAUAGCUUGAGUGAGAGUAUUUUGACGCCAGAUGUCGCGAGAAACGCAGCGGGGAAAAUCGGAAGAUACCCUGGAUUUAGGAGCAAUGCUGCAGUGCGUAUGAGUCUUUAAUGCCGUCGAUAUUCUCCCGUAAGGUACCGAUUGAUGGACUCUCGCUAUCUAAUGGGGGAUUAUAACUUCGGGAUCUCGUCCAGUGUUACUGCGCUAUCACCGGUAGACUACCAGGCAAGCUCGGGUGGGAAGACUUUCUUCGUCACGGACACUCAUAACAUGCAAGAUGAACUGCUCUUGGAUAAGGCCAACUCAAGCGCUGCCGGUAAACAAACAGAUCCGCAGCAGCAAUUAUCACCGAACCGGGAGAAUUUGGUCGGCAACGGUGAUGGAAGCAUGGAAGAAUUUUCCAACUCUAAAAACAAAGUUGAAGAUCUUGAACUGUCUGCUAAUAGUCAAAUUGAAAAACAAAUAUUGGAAGCUUCAUCAACUUCUGGAACAUCCAACACAAAUUUGCAGUUAGAGUUCACAGAUUCAUCCAUCACUACUUCUGCUCCUACUUUCUGGUCAGGUGUCACUCCAGAAGAUAGUUUCAGUGCUGGUGUGCCAUCCUUGAAGAAUACCUUGGCGUUUCAAAACUUUCCAAAUGCAUCUAACCCGGUUUUCAACUCUAGUCUAGGACCUCAAUUAAGUAUACCUCAGUCAUUACCCUCCCAACGAAGGGCUAUUACUGGUGCUCACAAUUUCAGCCAAACUAGGCAUCCACAGCCACCAUCGAAUAUUCUGAAAACUUUCUCGAACUGGAGUAGCCCACAGAGUGCAUCCUGGUCUGCUCCUCAAACCCCCAAUGGACUGCUCUCCUGGAAUGCAAUGAAUCUAACUAACCAAAAGAGGACAGUGCCAAACAUCAGCCCGGUUUGUCCCCAGAAAAAGAAUCCUGCUAUUGGGCAGCAUUCAAUGGUUAUAUCACCGUCCAAAUUUCGAAGAAGUACUUCAUUGCCCCUUGGUAAACAAUUCCCUCAUGCAUUUGGAGGCAAUCCUUCUUUUGAUAUGACAGCACUUGAUGAAAGUCGAGAAGGAAACAUGAUGUUUCCUUUCCAGGAUCAUCAAAUGGCAAGUAACGUGAAUACAAACAGCAUGGAUCCACUGAGAUUUCCAAUAGAGCAGCAGCUUUUAGACAUCAUGAGAACUUCUAAUGCUGAUAACCAAGAGCAUUUCAAAGGUUACAUGAACUACAAUACGAAUAACAUUCAAAGUAUGGCAAACAUUCAAGGUUCUUCUGUGGAUUUUGCUUCCCAGAAAUACAAUGGCACCAAGAAAUUUCCGAGAGCUCGAAAUUAUGGAAGACGAAGAGGUCGUUCGCCAUUUUUCACCGGAAUCGAAGACAAUCAUUUAUUAGAAGAUCAAUUAGAUCAGAUUGUGACUUCAUUCAACUCUCUUCACAUGUCCCCCAAUGCUUCCCGAGGAUCUGAAAGUGGUGAGAGGUAUUCACGCAAAGUGUUUGUCGGAGGUUUACCACCAGACAUUGAUGAAGAGGAAAUAACUGCUAGCUUCCGCCGUUUCGGACCUUUGGUUGUUGACUGGCCUCAUAAAGCCGAGAGUAAAUCCUAUUUUCCACCUAAAGGUUAUGCAUUUCUGUUGUUCCAAGAUGAAUCAUCUGUUCAAGCUUUGAUUGAUGCAUGUAUUCAGGAAGAUGAAAAAUUGUAUCUUUGUGUUUCGAGCCCAACGAUUAAAGAUAAACCGGUUCAGAUUCGUCCAUGGCGUUUAAGUGAUGCAGAUUUUGUAUUGGAUGCAUCUAUGCCGCUUGACCCUCGAAAAACAGUUUUUGUUGGUGGUGUGCCUCGCCCUCUAAAAGCUGUGGAAUUGGCUAUGAUUAUGGAUCGUCUUUAUGGUGGUGUAUGUUAUGCUGGUAUCGAUACAGACCCGGAACUGAAGUAUCCUAAAGGAGCAGGACGUGUUGCAUUUUCAAAUCAACAAAGCUAUAUUGCUGCGAUUAGUGCUCGAUUUGUUCAGUUGCAGCACAGCGAUAUUGAGAAACGAGUUGAAGUAAAACCAUAUGUCCUGGAUGACCAAAUGUGUGAUGAAUGUCAAGGAUCCCGUUGUGGAGGAAAGUUUGCUCCUUUUUUCUGCGCUAACGUAACAUGCUUGCAGUAUUAUUGUGAGCAUUGCUGGGCUACCAUUCAUUCUCGUCCUGGACGUGAAUUUCAUAAGCCACUUGUGAAAGAAGGAGCUGACCGACCUCGAGCUGUUCCUUUUCGUUGGUGUUAAAAAAAUGAUGUUUAUGGAAAAUCCUUCCUGAAACGUAUUAAUUGCAUAUUUUGACCACGCUUUUUCACUGUGCUUUGGCAAAAUUUGCUGCAUGAUGAAAACUUUUAUUCAAAAAGUCUUUAUGUUCCUAUAUUAUAAUUCAUAAUUACAAAAUGUAUAUAUUUCUUUUACAUAGAAGAACUAGUCAUUAAGAAUUUUUAUUUAUACAAACAUACACAUGUUUAUACAUACACGUAUGAAUAUAAGGAUAUUGUGUUGAAAAUAUCAUUUUGACACACCUGAAGUGUAUGAAAAAGUUGUCAUUUCUAUGCCCCUUAUAAUUUCUUUUAAAAAAAUGUGUUGAAAAUAUAUUGAAUACUGCAAAUUUUAUUUAUAUACUUAUCACAAAUGAACUUCUUGGAACUACUGCAUGUAUUUUAUAAUAUUUUGUUUGCUACUAUCCUUACCAAGCAAGUUUGUUUCGAAAUACUAUUUCAUUUUUAAUAACUUGUAUUGCAAUAUUAUCUUUCUACAUCAAAUUUGCGUAUCAAAAUAGAAGAAAUUUAAAUUUCUUAAAAUUAAUUCUCUGGCUGUGUAUUUAAAUAAAUUUCUAAAAUUAUUUAGAGGUUGUUUUUUUUUUAAAUCAAACCAUUGGUUAUCAAUUACUAUUUAACUCAUGAAAAUUUAUCCCUUUUUGACUCUCCUGCAUCAAAGUUUUCUUUAAGAUUUGAAAAGCAUUUCGGGUUCAAAUUCCUAUUAUUGUUAUAUAAUUUUAAAUCGCGCUUAAACUCCUUAAAUAGCUUACUGGUACUUAUAUAAUUCGUCAUUGAUGAGAAGUUUAUUGGUUGCUUUAUUUAGAAUUUAUGCAAAAUAACUUAUAGUUAUCUUCCUUGUUCUUUUCAACCUCUAUUAGAUUUGAACAAUAAAAGUCAACUUUUCCAUGCAUACUGUAUCCUUAUUUGAUUCAUACAUGUAUGUACUUACACGUUUAUGAAUAUGCGUGAAAAUUAAUAUAUGUCCAAAUGUUUCUCCAUAUAUUUACAUACAUAUAUUGGUAUAUAUGUACGUAUGUAUCAGGGACUGGAGGAAGUUCCACUAAUAUAGUGGGAGUUGUUAAAUGAAUAUGCGUUUAAAGAAAUGUACUUUGUAGGCUUCAAAAUAUUGAACAAAAAUUCCUUUACAGCGAGUGCAAUGUGUGUGAAAAAAAUUUUUAUCUGUGUGCGGACGUUUGCAGAUAAUUCUUAUUUACAGUGCAUAUAAUUUAUUGUUCUAUUUUACCUUGGUUGAUGUAAAUAUGUUAGAAAUUUUAUAUUUUAUUAAAAAUAUCUUUUUAUACUUAUGUUAUUUAUUUUUUGUUGGAGCAUUCUUUAGUAUUUAUAUUGUUGUGAAUUAAAGGUAAAUAAAGUUGUUUUAUUUUUAGCAAUUCAAAGAAAGUAAAAUUCUGCUCCAAUAAAUAAUAUAAACAAAAAAAUUUUAAAGACACUGUUAUUAUUUUUGAAUUUUAUAUUUUUACUUUUGCUUACAUAUUUAUUUAUUUAUUAAUAUAUUAUUUAUUGUUUAAGAAGGAGGUUGCAGAUUUUGCAGCAGACGUUAUUCAUGCUCAGAGUGCAUUUGAAAUAGUUUUAACUAAGCUAAUCAAAAAUUUGACAGCUUUCGUAUGAUGACUUUUGUUAAUAUAUACAAUUUGGUUUGAUGUAAAAUAAAUUCUGGGAAAUUGAAAUUUUUAAAUUAACUAAUUUUUAGUACUAAAAUUGAUUAUCAAGAAGCAAAAUGCUGAUAAAUAUAUUUUUUCAGGAUAAAUAGAAGUAAUUAUUGCACAUUUAAAGAAAAUAGUGUUACAGUUUUUUUGAUAAACUGGCAGUUUUUUAUGGCAAGUUUCUCUUUCUGCAUUUAACGAGAUUUGGGUUGGAAAAAAGAAUUUGGAUUCUAGUUUAAGAACACUGCUAUUGCUAUUUUGAAAACAAUCUUUUCUCUAUAUUUAGUGAAGGAUUAGUGUUAGUAAAACAUGCCUACAAUUUAUGAAGGUUCUAUUUAUAGCAUUUAACCUGCAUGCUUACCGCAUUCUUUAUGUAUCAACAAAUGUAGUAUUGUGGAUGCAUAAAGAAUUGCUUUAUUGAGUUUCAUUUCUAGACAUUUUUUACUGUAUUGUCUAGGAUAUUGUAUUCCAUAUUAACAAAUUCACAAUGUUUCUGAUGUGGUAGUGAACAAGGUAUUCCCUUUUUCCUAUUAACUAAUAGAUUACCUUUGUCAAAACCAUUCUGCAUACUAUUUGCCAUCAGAAAUAUGCAGUAAUGUGACAUUCUUUACCUGUAGGGUUAGGGUAAAAAAAGUCAGCAGUGAAUUUCAUGUCAAUAUAGAUGGAUUAUUGUGAAUUUGUAAGUUUUUCAUGUCAGUAUAUUAUUAUAUUUGAAAAAUAAGACUUUUUAUUUUAUCAUACUGUUUGAUAGGUGUACCUUUUGUAUAGAGACUUAACAUUAAUUUUAUUUAUGAAUAAUUUUUUUACAGUAUUUUGGGUGGAAGUGUUUAUAUAUUAAAAUACAUGGAUUGUUUUCUUAUUCAUCUUCGUACUGCAUAUUUGAAUUGUUUUUAUUAUUGUUAUUAUUAUUAUUAUUGAAGGUAAAUAGAUUACUGAUAUUCAACUUUACAUGUCCUCAUCGUCUAUCUUAAAUGGGUUAUCAAUCUUCCCAUCAUACUUAAUUAAAAUUUCUUUGUCUUAGCAGGAUUAUUUUUACUUAUAGAUCCUAUAAAUGUAUUGCAUCUGUGGACUUAGUAGUUCUAUAUUUUGGUGUGCUUGUUUAUUAUAAAAAUGCUACUUUUUAGCUUUAAUGAAAUUCAAUUUUAAGGCUACUUUUGGGUAAAAGUGGACUAUGUGCAACUGUAAAACGCAUUCUGUACCUUAAGACUUUUUCUUUGUAUGAAAACUAACUCUCUGCUCCAUUUGUCAAACACUUUAGAUCAUCAUAAGCAUGUUUUGGUAUUUUCUACGUCUUGCAUCAAUUGAUUAUGUAUCUGACAAUCUAGAAUGUUCAAAUUGAACGUUAUUUUGCUUCUUAUCUACGAAUCUUGCCAAUUUUAGUACAACAGUAUUUUUAAACACUGAAGUAGGAGAAGAUAGUAUGUUACCAUCAUUAUGCCGUUUGAAUUUAUAUAACAGAUUUUUUAUAACUACUUGUAAUGUAAAACAUCAUUUAAAAUUCUUUGUAAUUUUUAUUACUUAUUCCAUUGUUACAUUUUCACUACUUAUCGAUUUCCGCCUUUUAAAAUUUUAUCUUUCCUUGGAGUAUAAUAAAUGUGCAAAAUUUUCUAAGGUAUAUUUGAGCUCCCUAACUCUGCAGAAAGUUUCUCUUUGUAAGAGAAGAAAAUGGAUGCACACAGCCCCGUUGUCAAAAAUGCAAUAUUUACACAAAGUAUUCUAGAUUUACUUUAAGAAGUAAUCAAUGUCUUGGAUGGAAUUUCGUAGCUGCCUUCACCAUUAUGUGUUCCAUAUAUGAGCAUAUUUUAAAUCAUCUAGCCACAAAGAUAAGUUCAUUUUAUUCAGCAUUAAAGUAAUUUUCAUCCGAAGUUAUUAUCUUUAAAAUAUCUUAAUGUUUAUUUUCGUAUUGGAAAACAAAUUACAAAUAUUCUGUUCAAAAAUUUGUGGUGUGAUAUGCAUAUUAUCACACAUUUUCUGAAAAAGAAUGUUUUUUACAUUUUGUAUAAAAUUUGAAGCAAGCGUAUCUUCUAUGCCAGCUAUAUUAUACUUUCUCUCCUACUGAUUAAAAUGUUUUAAUUUUUGUAAUUUUGUUUGCCUUUAUAGAUUGAUUUGAAAGGAAAUUUUUUAUUUUGAUAUUACCUCCAAAAGAUUAUGUA